GAGGAAGCGGCGGGAGCGCGGGGCCGGGCCGGGCGGCGGCACUCCCCGGCUGCGCUCCCCGGCAGCGCCCGCAGAGCUGCGCCCGGCUGCGCCCCGGCAGCAUGGGCGGCUCGGCCUCCAGCCUGCUGGACGAGAGCAAGUGCGCCUACAUCCGAGGAAAAACAGAGGCCGUCAUCAAAAACUUCAGCCCGCACUACAGACGCCAGUAUGCGGUGGCUUUCUGCAAGCACGUGCAGGAUGAGCUGGAGCAGCACCGGGAUUCCCAGUCCCGGUUCCUGAAAACCAAGCCCCCGCUGGAAGCUGGGACAGUCUUAUAUGAAGCAGAGCUGCUGCAUUUUGCUGAGGAUCUGAAGAAGUGGAAGGACAGAUAUGUCGUUAUCAGAAAUGACUACACUGUGGAUUGCUUUGAGAGUAAAGAGGCCUACCAGAAAGGAGCCAGCCCUAAAUAUCACAUUCUUCCUGCAGGAGGCAAAGUACUGACUUCAGAAGAAGAUUACAAUUUGCUGUCUGAUAAACAUUUUCCAGAUCCUGUUGGGUCGAGUGAGAAGGAGGUCGCCCAAGCCUUCGUUCAGCUGCCGAAGGAGUUCCCGGUUUACCUGUGGCAGCCUUUCAGCCGGCACAGCUACUAUUGCUUCCCGGAGCCAGAGGCUCAGAGGCGGUUCAGCGCCAUGCUGGGGGACUGUGUGAGACACUCAAACCAUGAUUUUCUCAAGCAGACCACGUACGAGGUCCAGGCGUUCUUAGAAGCCAUUCAGUUCUUCCGGCAGGAGAAAGGCCACUAUGGGACGUGGGAAAUGAUAACUGGCAACGAAAAAGAGAUCCUGAGCAACCUUGUGAUGGAGGAACUUCUGCCUAACCUUCAGACAAUGAUCCUGCCUAAAAUGAAAGGCAAGCGGAAUGAUAGGAAGCGGGCCUGGUUUAGUAUCGUAGAAGAAACUUACGGCUUAGUCCAGCAGCAGGUGGCAGAAGGAUUAAGUACCUUGAAAGAAGAAUGCAGAGAUUUUGCAAAAUCUCUUGAAGGAACCAUUCGUUCAGACAUGGAUCAGAUUCUGAACUCCAAGAACUUCUUAGCUGGAAAAAUUAAUGCCACUGUUUCUGAGCCUGCCCAGAAGUGCUGCACAGAAAACAUCCAGCCGUUUCUCACGUCAAUAUUAGAGGAGCUCAUGGGUCCAGUGAGUUCUGGAUUCACUGAAGUCCGCUCACUUUUUGAUAAAGAAGUUAAUGAAAUCAUCCAGGACUUCCAGAAGACAAACGAUAUCAUGAAGCUAAAGGAGAAUGUGGAUCAGCUUAUGAACCUACCAUUCAACUCUGUGAAAAUGGAGCCCUGCUACCUGAAAGUGAACCUCCUCCAGGAGCUCCUUCAGGACCUCAAGAGUCGCUUCAAGGUCUAUCAUAUUGAUUUUGUGAUUCAGAGGACACAGAACUUCAUGCAAGAGCUGAUGGAAAAUGCAGUUUAUACUUUUGAGCAGUUGUUCUCUCUAAGUCCCCAGGCAGACUCAGUGAAAGUUGCAACAACUAUUGAAAAAGUCAAGCUGAGAGUACUGAAGCAAUAUGAUUAUGACAGCAGCACCAUCCGGAAGAAGAUAUUUCAAGAAGCACUGGUACAGAUUACUUUGCCCACAAUGCAAAAGACACUGGCUUCAACAUGCAAACCAGAGCUGCAGAAAUAUGAGCAGUUCAUUUUUGCUGAUUACACUAGUGUGAUCCAAGUAGAGAAUGUGUAUGAAGAGAUUUUAUAUCAGACACUGCUUGAAGAAACCCUGAAAGUGAUAAAAGAAGCUGCCAUUAUGAAGAAGCACAACCUCUUUGAAGAUAACUUGAAUUUGCCCUGUGAAAGCGUGUCCAGCUUAACAGACCUAAAGACCCCUUCAGGGUCAGCACAAACAACUCCUGCAAAAAAGCCUUCCACUGCCCGAGCUGAGAUGUCAGACACUGAAGCUCAAAGUGAUGAAACGCUUAUUGUGACAGGGAAAAUUCCUUGGGAGAAGGAUGCUGAUUAUAGAAAGUCAUCAGACAAAGAGGCAGUCACUUCUGUUAAUACAGCUGGGGAUCAGGCAAGCAAAAGUGAAGAAGUGAUCAGUACAGACAUUGGCAAAAAAGAGGAGUCCCUUUCAGCUACCCUUACAAAACAAGAAGUUGCAGAGGAAAAAAGUUCUUUGGAGAACAAAGACUCAGUGAAAGCAGAAUGUGUAGUGAACACUGAGAAAGAGCUUAAGACACAAGAAGAAGCUGCGGAGGAAAAAGUAGCUUGUGGGACUGAAACUGCAGUGAAAGAUUUUGGAGGCAGCCUUAAAAAAGAACUUAAGGUACAUGAAGAGGCAGUGGAGGAAAAGGUAACUUCUGAGAGUCAAACAGCAAUGGAUGCUGCGUUUGUUGGUGGCAUUGAAAAAGAAAGCAAAGCACAGGAAGAACUUUCUGAGAUAAAACUGACUUCCCCACAUGAUAAUGUAGCAGAAGCGGAGAUUUUAGGGAAUGCUGAAGAGAAAAUCAAGGUAGAAAAAGAAAUUUCAGAAAAAUUAUCUCAGAGAGAAAAUGUGGUAGGAACAAGGUUUGAAGAGGAUAGUAACAAAGAAAGCAGUGACCAAGGAGCAAGUACUGAAACAAGGGUUAUUGCCCAGGAUGAAAACACAGGGAAAGAAGGGUUUGGGGAUAAUCCUCAAAAAGAAAGCAGGUUAAAAGAAAAGAGUUGUAAAUCCCCUGAUGAUGUGAAUGAGAUAAAGAGUUUGCUGAUGGUAGCAGUUGAGAUACCAGCAGAUACUCCAGCUGAGAACAUAAAGGAGAUUUGUGAAGAUGAGAUAUUAAAGCUGCAGCAGCACAAUAAAGAGGACGAGUUGAGCAAAAUGGCUGCAGCAGAAAUUCAAGUGAGCCAGACAAUGAUGAAUAAAGAUACAGCAGAAUGCACAGAGUUCAAGGAGGACCAAUCAUCUUCAUCUAGUUUGGGGACAGAUGGUAUGAAUUUAGUGAAUGUGUCCAAGGGGGCCUGCAAUAUGGCACAAGCAGAAUGGCUGGUGGAAAGCUCAGAUACACCUCAAGAGGUAAAGGCAGAGGUGGAGAUGAAGCAAAGCAUUUGGUACACAGGUGUGAGAAGCUGUGGAAGUGAUAGAUUGCAGUCAGAGGAACACACUGAAAACGUGUCCAAAGGCAAAAGAUUAGAUGGGGAAGAGGGAGGCACAGGAAAUAACCAUGCUGUCCCAGUGGAAGUAGGGACUGAGGGCUUUUUUCAUAAUCCUGCUGAAAAUGCAGACACAAUGCAAGUGCCUGUUUUGGAUACAGAAAACCCAACAGGACUGCUAGAUGUGCCGGUUUCUUUGGUGCCAGAGCAGAGCAAGGUUAGCGCCAAAGAGGUGACAGGAGAUACAGAGGCUAGUGGGGGUGAAGGGCAGCCAGAAGAUGAAUCGUCUUCACACAGAGAAACAAAAAGCACCGAAGUAAAAGAUGUUUUCACAGAGGAAAACAGAGAAGACAGUUAUGCACAGCAAAACUCUGAAGAGUAAAAAGCAUUUUUCAGCCCAGCCCUGCAGGAUUUAUUUACUCCAGUAAUCCCUGUUUAAUUGUGAAUACUUACUUGGGUCAGGGCUAGAGGAACUGGGCUUUAUGGUAUUACCAGCUCUUGCAGAUUUAGCAUGGAACCCUUCCUGAGAGAUGGGUAAUACGUUUCUUUUUGGUUAAAGCCGUCACUGUUUAAAACCGGGUUACUGUUGGGGAAUCUCAUAUUUCACUGAAAAUUUGCUACUUUUUAUGGCUAUAGAAAAAGUCUGAAAAUGUGACCACUGAAUGCUUCAAAAGCAACUCACCCCCAACUGUAAAGGUAUUUUAACAACUUAACUGUUCUUAGUGUUUUAGCAGGGGAGUAGCUCAUGAUUUUUACAUGCAUGGAUUUGACAAGUACUGCUAUGAUUCUUAGGUGGUUGGUACAUACAUUUCUAGUCAAGGAUGCUUUUAGUAUUUGCAUGCAGUAUACAGGAAAUACGUACACCUUUUAGUAGUUAAACAGACCAAAUAGUUAAUUUAGUAGGUUGCUCAAAAGCCACACUCUAUGCAAACUCGGCAAACUGAUCACUUAAUUAUUUUGAAGUUUUGACAGAUAUUAAAGACAAGCAAGUGUUCUGAUUUUUUUUUCUCUUAUUGCUAUAUUUAAAAUGGGGAAAAUAUGGGAGCAGGUUUCUCAGUCCCACUCUGCACUUCUGGGUUAUUUAGCCUUCCAGAGCACUUUACGGCUAUUUUAUUUUGUUUUAUUUUAUGGAAGGGAAAGAUGAGAAUGUUUACAAUAAUUGUAACCAAUAGGCAGCAUCUUUCUGGUUUACUUCCCACCAUAAAAUAUAUUCACUUUCAUCUAUCUAAUGCAGAAUAUUAAGAGUUCUGCCAUUCCCAUUCUUACUGAGUUACCCAGUUCUGUAGGCCUUUUUAGGUGCAGAAAUUAUGUAAUAAAUUGCAAUAAUUGUGAAAUAUCAUAAUCAUUGCUAAUAAUGUCUAAUACAGAUGUUAACUGAAGCAGAAAGCAGCCAAAGGUUAUUCACAUGUGCUUGGGUUUUGGAGGGCAGAAUCACAUCGCAAAAGCAGUUAGUAAAAUAAGACCUACUGCUUUCAUAGCUGGCAUAUUAUCAUCCACAUCAAACCUGGAUCUAUGCGUGAAGUUGCUUAUAUGCAUUAUUUGCAUGCACAGUUUAAAGACUGCACAGGAAAGUUUGGAAAUUAAAACCAGUAUUUUAAUAAAAUGGCCUUUAGAGUUCAAAACCUCCCUUUAGAGGUCAAUUUAAAACACCUUAAAAAUUUGGCCUUCAGACUGUUUCUGAAUAAAUAUAAUACAGUACAGAACAGCAAAGAUUAAUGACAAAUACAGUUUGGACUGCAGGAUUUACAGGCAUAAAGACAUGGGAAGAAAUAACAAAGUCCCAAGACUUUGUUGGCAUUUAACUUCAAGAAAUUGUGCCAAAUCUAUUAUUGAAUGUUAUUGAAGUAUGCUAUAAUACUAACAGAGAAUUGACACUAGAGGAGCAAGCAAAUAUUGCUGCAUAAGUAAGGAACGUUGUUGAGCAACUGAACCAACUGCAAAGUCACUAUUGUAAAAUUAAUGCAACUCCUAUUUAUUCCAGAAGCCAUGCUGUGGUAUAGACACAGAUCACAGGUCACAGAGGUUUUCCUUGCAAAAGUACUUUGACUUAUUUCCUUCUUAUAUUUCAUGGAAAAAUACUAAUUUGUAAACACACAAACCACUGUCAGCCAGUAUUUAAAAAAAAUCCUUAGUUAUUUCACUGUCAGCUGCUUUGUUUUUGCAAAUCAUAAGCUAUUUCUGAUAGGUACCAAACAUUAAGUGUCUUCAAAUUAUAACAUGUACUUUAAAGUUAAGCAGCACCAGUCUCUUUUAGCCAUGCUAAAAUCGGGGAAUAUGGCAUUUUAAUACAUUUUUUUAUACAAAAGAGGAUUACCAAGACAGUGAGUCUGUGAAAAACACUGCUGUCUCCUACAAAAGCCGUUUACAGCUGAUAUGAAUUAGAUACAUAUGUACAGAAAAUACUUCAUAAUGGUUCCCAUCAUAGUAAUUUUUUUGUUAUUUCUAUCAUAGGCUUAGAUCUGGGUAAUACUUUCCUAUAAUAUUGAAGAAUUGAGUUGUUGAAUACAGAUACUCAACAUACUUGUUUUUCACAAGGAGAAUGGGAAAGAACAAGGAAGAUCUAGCAUAUACAUCUCUCUGUUCUGCAACUUAAAUAGAAGUUCCUCAUGGCUAGGGGACUGAUUUUUUGCCUUUGUGGACGUUUUCUGUACAUUCAGAUGUCUGCAAAUGGAUAGAGUAAUAUUUUUUAAGUCUUUAACCAGACUUGGGUAGAGGUGACAGCAAUUUAGAGGUCAGCAAUCUGCAACAUUAUGUUGGACCACUGAUUAAAAAUUAUAAUAAUCCACCCAUUCAGUAAGUUUUGUUGCUUUCAUGGGAUUUCCAACACAUACCUGGAAUGAAUUAUUUUGCUUGUAAACUAGGAACAAUAAUAAAUCACCUUUCAGCGCCUGGAGGGCUGAGGGUUCAAGCACCACAGUGCCUUGAGGGAAGCGGGCUGGGGGGGCAUUACCACGGUUUUAUUUCAUGGGGUUGCUAGUUUUAAAGGACAGGAUAUGAAACACAUUGUACCUUGCUUGUAACUUUGUAAAAACGCUUGUCAUGAAAAUAAAAGCUCUUCCCUUC